UUUUUGGAAAUAUCUUCUUUGUAUUUUAGUUCAGCCCAAAAGGGAGAGCAGCACAACUGAGUACUGAGGGUUUUAGUCUUUUAGAGCGGUCGCCGGCGAACGAUUUUCUUCUCCGGCGAGCAGAGGUUGCUUGUCAGAGAUGGAGUACGUUAGCCCCGAAGGUCUUCGCUUGGACGGUCGCCGUCCCCUCGAGAUGAGGCAGCUUCGUGCUGAAAUCGGUGCAGUCGCCAGAGCUGACGGCUCUGCUGUCUUUGAAAUGGGUAACACCAAAGUGAUUGCUGCAGUGUAUGGCCCUAGGGAGGUUCAAAAUAGGAGCCAACUAAUCAAUGACCAAGCUCUGGUUCGCUGUGAGUAUAGCAUGGCAAACUUUAGUACAGGUGAUCGGAUGAGGAAACCAAAGGGUGACAGGAGAUCCACUGAGAUAUCACUAGUUAUUCGUCAAACAAUGGAAGCUUGCAUUUUGACGCAUCUAAUGCCUCGUUCUCAGAUUGACAUUUUCGUCCAAGUUAUCCAAGCUGAUGGAGGAACAAGAUCAGCGUGCAUAAAUGCUGCCACGUUGGCACUUGCUGAUGCAGGGAUUCCUAUGCGUGAUAUUGUUACUUCCUGCAGUGCUGGGUACCUAAAUAGUACCCCUCUUCUUGAUCUAAACUAUGUAGAAGACAGUGCUGGUGGCCCUGAUGUCACUGUUGGGUUUCUACCUAAGCUGGAUAAAGUUACCCUUCUGCAGAUGGAUGCUAAAUUAUCAUUGGAUACUUUUGAAAAUGUUAUGCAACUGGCAAUAGAGGGCUGCAAAGCAGUGGCAAACUAUAUUCGCGAGAUAUUAUUAGAAAACACCAAGCAAUUGGAAUGCCGGCGAGGCCUAUAGAUUUACUGAUUGAUUGAGCUGAAUCCCAACCAAAUCAGGACAGGAUGGUGGGCAAAACUGGUCAGAAGAAAUCUGAAUACCAACCAAAUCUUGGAGGAUAGAAAGCUUGAUAUUCCGGCAAUGAGUUGUGGAUUCAUCAUUCUGAUUCAUUAGUGCUCUCAACAAAGAGAUACCAAAUGAAUACAAAUUCUUGCUGUCAUUGCUUUUCUUGAGUGAAGGUUUUAGAAUGUUUUGUUUCCAAUACAGCUCCUAUCUUGGCACUCUGGAGACAAAAAACAACCUCAAAGUCUGCCAAGUUGUAACAUUAUCAACUAAAAUUUGGACUGGAAAAUUCUUCCUUUA